AUGUACUUCCCAACGAAAGCGCUGAUUGCUACCACUCUCAUGGUAGCGUCUGUAUGUGCUCAAUAUGCCAACAUUGACCAGCCUGCGCCUGGCUCCAAUAUCACUGCCGGUGCCAACUUUACUGUGCAAAUAGGCAUGGCGAUCGCGCCCACAAACGUCGAGGAGAUAGCGAUCGUAAUUGCUAUCCAGUCUUGCCCAACUGGGUACUGUUACAACGUCAGUGAGGAUAUGGGAACUGUCUUGUACGAAGGCCCGUACAAUCCACAGCUUGGUCCGGACGCAUACGACCUAUAUCAGGACUUCUCUGUUCAAGUCCCUGCAUCCUUCGCUACCGGGCAAGCACAGCUUGGACUUGCUCACUUUAGCCUCGUCGGAGCGUCUUAUCAGCCAUACUUCCAACUUGCAAAUCAGACUGUUUAUGUUGUUUAA